AAACUUUGGAUCCUUGCACGCAGAGAUUACACAGCACACAGACACCAUGAGCUGUCCGGAGAAAAGCUGCACACAGCCUCAUGUAGUCAAAGAGGAGGUCACAGCGACUGGAAAGUGGGUGAGGCUUGAGAAGACCACGUAUGUGGAUCCAUCUGGAAACACUAGAAUAUGGGAGACGGUGAAGAGAACAACGAGACCAAGCAGCGCUGAUGCAGACGGUGUGGGGAUCAUCGCCAUCCUGAAGAGAACUCUGCAUAAGGACUGUGUGGUGUUGGUGAAACAGUUCAGGCCACCGAUGGGAUGCUACACUCUGGAGUUUCCUGCGGGUCUGAUUGAUGAUAACGAGAACGCUGAGAUGGCUGCUCUGAGAGAGCUGAAGGAGGAGACUGGCUACAAGGGAGAAGUGGUGGGAGUCACGCCAGUCACAUGCCUGGAUCCUGGCCUGUCUAACUGCAGCACGCAGAUUGUGAUGGUCAACAUUAAUGGGGAUGAUAGUGAAAAUAUAAACCCCACCCAGCAGCUCGGUGAUGGAGAAUUUGUCGACGUGAUUCUUCUACCUUUAGAUGAAUUUCAGAGGAAAAUAGAUGAGUUAUUGAAGAAGGAGAAACUUGUGGUGGAUUCCAAAGUGUACAUUUACGCCAUGGGAAUGUCCCAAGCCUUCUUUAAACCCAACGAGCUCCCGGUGCUCAAACAGUGAGGCAUGAAAUGCACAAAUCCUCCACAGCUAUAAACGGUACAGCAUGAAUAAUACAAUACAAUACGAGUCUGAAUGCUCUAUAUCAGCUGGCGAGAGUGUUUUAGCAGACUUGUGUAGUUGAACACAUUACUUGAAUAUUCCUAACACUAACAGCACUGACUACUGACUUUAUUACUCUGUCAUAAACUUCAUUACACAGUAAUAAAGUGUAUUAGUAAUGAUAUAAUGCAUUUAGGACCAAAAAAAAAUUAAGCUAAUUUGAGAGCAUGUAUAUGCUGCAAGCUCUUAAGUUUUUUCCCCCCCACGAUUUAACAAGAAGACGUGCUCUGAAGUGAAAACGUUGAAUGUUGCUGUGAUCAAAGGCUGAUUUGUUAUCUGCUGUUGCAGAGCCUGGAAUGAGCACAUCUCUGUCGAGUUCACUGUGCUGUUCAGCUGCUGUUACUCUGAAAUGCAAACAAAAGCAACUGUGUGUCACUCGUAUUAACUUUUAUCUAAUAAACCGCCUGUUAACA